AACAAAAAUAAUAAUAUUAUUAAUUAGUUAAUUAAAUUCUUUUUUCAAAUGAAAUAGCAAAGUUUGUCACCGUGAAAUUUUGGUUUUUAAUAUUAAAAACCACGGUUAUCUACACCAGAUAACUGUGUUAAAAACAAUUACAAUUAAUUAUUUUAAUUAUAUUUCGUAUGUGUAACUCCAUUGAAAACAAAGUAAACAUAUUUUAAUAGAUCAUGAUGGGCACAGAGAAUGGAACCAUUAACAAACAAAAAGAUGUCGAUGUUUCUUUACAGGAUCAAAAAGACGUUGAAAAUUUAAAUACUUCUAGUUCAAAAUCUCCAGUUCUGUUGAAAAAAAAGUCAAAAGGUCGAUCAUUAAGAAAAAGAAUAGAUGACGACGAACAAGAAGAUGAUUUGCAAGUAUUUGGUAAACUUGAAGAAAUGAAAACUAUGCAAAAACUCAGAGACAGGCCUAAUGGUGUUAAUAUCAUUAGCCUUGCAUUAGGGGAGAAACUUUCUCAAGAAGAAGAAAAAUUAAUGGUUGAUCCAUUUAAAGUAAAAACUGGUGGAUUAAUAAAUAUGAAUGCUUUAAAAACUGGACAAGUAACUCAAGUAGACGAUGCUUAUGAUACUGGAAUAGGAACACAAUUUUCAGCUGAAACCAAUAAACGAGAUGAAGAUGAAGAAAUGAUGAAAUAUAUUGAUGAACAAGUGGCGGUACGGACUGGCCGAACAGUAGAUACAGAUGAUGAUAAUGUCAGUCUCAAUAAAUCAAAUUAUUGUCCACCAGAAUUGGCAGCAUUACAAGCUGUCCCAUCACAUUUACGAAAUUCAACCACUCACAGAUCUGAAGAAAUGUUAUCAAAUCAAAUGUUAAGUGGUAUUCCCGAAGUAGAUUUAGGAAUUGAUGCAAAAAUAAAAAAUAUUGAAGCAACAGAAGAAGCUAAAAUGAAAUUAAUACGUGACAAGCGCAAUAAAAAAGAUGGUCCAUCACAGUUUGUUCCCACAAAUAUGGCAGUUAAUUUUGUGCAACAUAAUAGAUUUAAUAUUGAGAUAACAGGACCAGAUGGGAAAAAAAAUUAUAAACAACAACCUGCAGUUAAACAAGAUCAUUCAGAUGAAAAAAAUGUAGAUAAAAGAAAAAAAAAAGAUAAUGCAACUGAUGAUUUCCACUAUGAAAGAUUCAAAAAACAAUUUCGUAGAUAUUAAGUUGUUUUCUAUAAUUAGUCUACUAUAUGUUUUAUGUGGUUAAUGUUGGUGUACUACAUUGUUUAUAAAAAUUCUUGAGAACUAUUAAAAUACACAUAAUUUAAAUUGUA